AUUUUCAUAUACUAUUUUUUUUUUGGGCCACCAUCGCCUCUUUCUCAUCUCUCAUACUCACUGUCACAGCAACCUAGCAGCCGUACGAGUCCACGCUCUCACCUCCCCAAAAGCUGUUGAUUUCGGAUUUGACUGGACUUCAAUGUAGAAAUCUUUCAAAUACGGUAGUUGGCUGUUUUCUCCCCAAAUCAAAUUUUACUUGUUUGGUAUUAAAUCAUACAGAGCAAGCGCAUUCCUUAUUGUGCGCAUUCCUUUUUGUGAAAAAGGAAAAUGUUGGCCGUGCUCAUUGAGGACCUUUCAUCCAAAUCGCGACCAUUCAGGUUCUUCUCGCAAAACUCAGUUUUGUUUAGCUAUCGUCUAUUCUGUUCCGACAGCUCAACCUCUAACGACGACGUUGAGACUGUUUAUCGCAUUCUAAGUAGCUCUCAGUCCUCAAGUAACUUGAAGCAAUCAUUAAAAUCGAGUCGGGUUUUCCUCUCAAAUGACUUGAUAGACAAGGUUUUGAAAAGGGUCAGAUUCGGCCAUGCCAACCCUUUGCAAGCUUUUGAGUUUUUCAAUUACACGGGAAAUAGAAAAGGGUUUUACCACAGUGCUUUUUCUUUGAAUACUAUGCUUUAUAUCUUAGGAAGAAGCCGUAUGUUUGAUAAAAUUUGGGAUGUUUUGGAUGAUGUGAGACAUAAAGAUCGAACUUUGAUAACCUCGCGCACGGUUAUGGUUGUUUUAGCUAGAAUUGCUAAAGUGUGUUCUGUUAGGCAGACCGUGGAAUCUUUUAGAAGAUUCAAGAGAGUUGUACCUGAGUUUGAUACAGAUUGUUUCAAUGCUUUGUUGAGAACAUUGUGUCAGGAGAAGAGUAUGACAGAUGCUAGGAAUGUAUAUCAUAGUUUGAAGCAUAGCUUUAGGCCUAAUUUGCAGACUUUUAAUAUAUUGUUAUCGGGGUGGAAAUCAUCCGACGAAGCCGAGGGGUUCUUUGAGGAGAUGAAGCUGAUGGGUGUGAAACCUGAUAUUGUGUCAUACAAUUGUCUGGUUGAUGUAUAUUGUAAAGCUAGAGAAAUCGACAAGGCUUAUGAAGUGGUUGAGAAAAUGCGAGAGGAGGAUAUAAUGCCUGAUGUAUUUACACAUACUAGCAUCAUUGGGGGAUUGGGUUUGGUUGGCCAGCCUGAUAAAGCCAGAGAUGUUUUGAAGGAAAUGAAGGAGGAUGGUUGUUACCCGGAUGUUGCAGCCUACAAUGCUGUGAUUAGAAACUUCUGCAUUGCAAAGAGGCUUGGUGAAGCUUAUAGUUUAAUGGAUGAAAUGGUGAGCAAGGAUUUGAGUCCAAACGCAACCACUUAUAAUCUUCUCUUUAGAGUAUUUUAUUGGUCAAAUGACUUGCCAAGUUCUUGGAAUUUGUAUGGAAGGAUGAUGAAGACGGGGUGCCUGCCAAAUACACAGUCUUGUAUGUUUCUAAUCAGGUUGUUUAAGAGACAGGAGAAAGUGGAGAUGGCAUUGCAGCUGUGGAGUGACAUGGUGGAGAAGGGCUUUGGAUCCUGUAUGUUAGUUUCUGAUGUUUUGUUUGAUUUGCUCUGUAAUUUGGGAAAACUAGUGGAGGCAGAGAGGUGCUUCUUGCAGAUGGUAGAAAAGGGGCAGAAGCCAAGUAAUGUUAGUUUCAGACGAAUACGUGUUCUUUUGGAAUUAGCAAACAAGCAAGAUAGCCUUCAGAACUUGACAGAGAAAAUGGCCAUGUUUGGCCCAGUAAUCGAUCCUUGUAAUAGUGUAGAUGUUUCAACUCACUCGCUCCCCUCGUAAUUGAAACAUUUCUGGUUAAUCAAUGAUUUAAAGGUGUCCAAGGUAAUUAAUGUGGCCUAAUAUGCUGACCACGUUGUGUCAAACGAUGAGCACAUAAAUCCCCAUUUGAUUAAGAAGUUUUGGCACUUAAUUCCCUACUAGUUGCCGAUAUCUAAGGAUUGAAAUUGAGUACGAAUGCAUGCUCUGUUAAUUUUGAAAGCCUAAAGAGAUAUUUAUUCAUUUAUUUUUA